AUUAUCAGAAUUACGGUUUCAUGUCACGGUCUCGCAAUAGCGUCACAUAAUAUUUGGGACCAGUGAUGACUACACUCCAAUGAAUCCUAAAAAUUCAACAGGGAGUAAAAGGGCCAAAAAAGGUCUUAAAAUCGAAGCUAAAAAUGGAGCAGAAAUAUUUGUACUGCCACCACUGCUAUUACAAAAACUAGGCAUUAAUUUGGCCAAUAUUGUAAUUCCUGAAGAAGCAUCAUCUAACAAUACAGUUGGAAAUGACACAACAGAUAUACCAAACUGUUCCAAAAAUAUUGACCAACUUAAACGAAAUAGAUCAAUUACUUGCGCUCAAAAUGAAUUAGACAUUGGCUCGAGUAUUCUCCAAACUGCAAGUUUGAUGAAAAAAUCUGUGUUCUUAAGCCCAACUUUCACUCCUGAUGUGGCUAACAUGCCAGGUGAGCUAGAAAUAGCAUGUGCUGUUAAUUAUCAAAUGACAAAUUCUAAUUGCAAAGAAAAUGUGGAUAGCAAUUCUAUGAAGAUUGAACGUAAUAUUACAGAAGCUGAUUUGGCUGUUACAAAUUAUCAUCAUAAGUCUGAAAAGGAUCUCCAGCAUAUCAAGAAUUUGGGCAAGAAAAAUUGUAAUAAUGUAGAAGAUGGUAUUGAUAUGCUUAUUGAUAACAGUAAACAAGAAAUGAAUACUAAGAUUAUCGAACCAGAGGCUCCAUCAGAAGCUCAAAAUACAGAAAAUGUUGUUAUGAAUACAUUAGACAUCAUUGAAACUAUACCAACAAAUGAUCACUCGGAUGAGGUUUAUUUAUCUGAUUUGCAUAGCAAUAACAAUCCAGAACUUGCUUGGCUUGCCCUUGCAGAAAAUUCAGUUACACAAGCAAAUAUUGAUUUAAACAAUAAAAUAAGUAUUAUAUCAGAACAGAUUCUUAACCCAUCUCAUUUUAAAGAGCUCAAAUAUUUGCAUAACGGUAAUAUACCUAAUUUUUUUCCUAUCCCCAUAGAUUCUUUGAUUGCUACAAAUAAACUUGCUGAUGGUGAUAAUAAUCAAAAUACUUUAGCUUGUUUUCCCGCAAACGCGCAAAAUUGUGAAUCUAUUAGUAAAGAAAUGGACAGCACACUUCAGAAUAAGUUCCAAAACACUGAAACCAUUCUGAUGUUUGAUGAUAAAGGAGUUAUAAUAAAUAAUGAAAACUGUAAUGGAAAUGUUGAUGUUGAUUUUCCUGUUCAUAUAGUUGGUAACGAAUCUCUCACAUUAGACAAAGAAUACACUGUCACUGAAGAAAUACUUGGCAAAGUCGAGAAUCCUGGAGAGUUAAACUCCGAUAGCAAUUUUGAUGUUUGUGUGGAAUUUAAUGUGUCAGAUAUAGAAAAGCAUUUAGAAGAGAAUGAGGAAAUAUUAGAAAGUUUCGCAAAUGAAAUUACCGGCAGUGAUGCAAAUGCAAUCAUUGAAAAUCUUGAAAAUAGUGAAGAGAUCUCUUCUAAAAAGCCACAUGAAGUGACUAUAAUUACGGAUAUGGCUUGUAUAGAAUUUGAGUCUCAUCCCACAACUAAUAUUUCCCAUCUAAAAUCUAAUCAAAACCAGUCAAAUGAGAAAGAAAUAGUUGUGGAUAAGUUUGCUUCUUCUAAUGACUAUUUUAGUAUUAAUGAUAAUAAUAGCUCAGCAACUUUGAAUGAUCCCAGUCACGCAACCGAAAAUGUAAGUACCACACAUGGAUCAGAGUCAAUAAAUGGAAACGUCCUAAAAGAUGAUGCUGUUACCAAGGCAAUUAACGCACUUAAACGCGCUGUAUAUAGUACACCGAAGGAGUCCAAAAACAAAUUCUCAAUUGAUUGUAAUGCAGGUAGAAAUUCUAAAAAUUAUGGUAAAUCUGAGGGAAAUUUUGCAUUAUCGGUCAGUAUCAGUAAAAUAGAAUCAAAUAAAAGAAAUACAAAUGAAACAAAUGCUGUUCAAAUAUCGAAAUAUAGUGACCAGUUCAAAAACAACUUAGAAAACGAGAUCAGAGCAUCAGAAAAAAGUAGUAAAAAAGAAACUAAUUUAAUUGGUAAAGAACACAACGCGAAAGAUAGCAACAAUUCCAUACACAUUCCAUAUGCUUCAGAUAAGGUUGAAGAAAUUGCUAUGUUAUUACGCCAAAUUACUCGUCGUCGAUCAGAGUCGGUAAAACCUAUAUGUCAAAGUAUUGAUCAUAAAUGGUUACAUGCGAAAUGUGAGAAAACAUAUAAGCCUAGAUCGAAGAUGCAUAUUCAAGGAGUGGAGAAACCUGGCGGUUCUGGAUCAGUUGACGAUAACAUCAAUUUGAAUAAAAUAAGAAUCAAAACUUAUAAGAAAUUUAUUAAACCAAAACAAACACCCGAAUGUGCCAACAAAAGGAUAGUGAUUGAAGAUAAAAUCGAUAAUGACUUACCUUAUACAGUUGAAAGUUCAAAAUACGAUCAAGAACGUGUUGAUUUUUGUAUUUGUAAAGAUUUCGGAAGCUUAACUUGUUACGACGAUGCAAGAUUGUACGAACAUAUACAUUUCUUAGACCAUAAGAAGGUACACUGUGAUUCUCAAUUUCUGUUUAGCAUAUACAAUGAGCCGGAAAUCGCAAAAAGUGAAAAAAUUGUUGACAAAGAGAUUGAACAAGAAAGCUCUCCAACUUGCGCGUUGAAUAUAUGCUGGAACAACUUAGUUAACAACGAUUUUACAGAGGUAGAAAAUCCAGAUCGUAUUGAUAAAAUAUAUACUGAAGUAAAUAAAAUAAGCGAUUUUUCAACUAACAUUCAUUGGAACGCUAUAAUUGAGCAAAACAUACCAGAUAAAAUGAUUAUUAAAUCGAGCCAAAGUUCUAAACAUAGUUCUGAAGAAAUUGAUGCGCCAUUAAGAAACGAGAUUAAAUUUAGUGAACGAAUUCCUGUUUGUAUUCCUACUUGUGAAGCUGGAAGUAACAUUCAGGUCCAAAUAAUUAAGUCGGAAGCAAAGACUGUAUUGGUUCAGGUGGAACAUUUAAGUGAAGUUACUACAAGGGAAAACCCAGUUGGCACAGAAGCACAUAGUCAUUGUAUUCUUAAGAAUUUUGAAACGUGUCGAUUAACAGAAAACGUUGAUAUAAAUCGUGCUAGUUGUAGCAAGGGUGAAAAUGAAGACUAUAGUUUAAGAUUUGUAAAGCAAUCCUCACCAAUGGUACUAGAAACUGGCGCAUCAACUAGUCGGAUGUCUAAUGAAAUCAUGGCUGAAGUUUGCGAACCUGAAGCUGCUAUUAAAAAAAUCCAUAAACGGAGAAAAUCUUCAACUGGCGUAACUAAUGAACCAGGCGACUCUCUCAGUGAAGAUGAACAACCAAGAGUUAAAAAAAGCGCAAAAUGCGGAGUUUGUCAAGAAUUAUUGACUGAAGAACAAUGGGAAGAACAUUGUGACACAUCUCAUUGCUUCAUUGCCUGGAGGGCAGGGGAAACCAUUGCACAUGAUAACUCUUCAGUAGACUCUCCAAAUACAAAACGACGAAGUAACAAAGAGGAAACAACGGGAUCAGAUCAAAUAGAAGAAAAUUUAGUAACAUGCCAAGUGUGCCAUCAAAAUAUCCGUGAUUCAGAUUGGAUUAGACAUAUAGCACGGGAACAUGACUAUUUAGCUUGGAAAGAAGGUGACCCUUCAUUGGAUUUAGAAGAUGAGAAAUUUAUACAAAAACACUUGAAUAUUAUAGUGCAACAGAUUGGAAUAUUAUCAUGUUCUAAAUGUGAUUUUAGACAUAAAAAUGUGAAAUCGUAUCUGGAGCAUGUAGACACAUGUGAAGGAUCUGAGGAAAGUUUAAGCACUUAUGGUGUUGAAAAUAAACAAGAAAUGAAACAAGAUAAUAACAAAAGGAGAAGGAAACCAAAAGUUAUAUCUCUUGUUUGUGCAGUAUGUUCUUGCAAUGUCAAAGAGUCAGAAUGGAUUGAACAUAUAGCCAAGGAACAUAAUUAUUUAGCAUGGAAAGAAGGAGAAGAACCUUUAACAUUUAAUAAAAGCUUUAAAAGAUUAGACACCGAUAAAUUUGAAGUUAGCUCUACACCGGAAUCCGACAACAGGGACAUUAGUACUGUGAACAAUAGUAAUCCAAGAAACAAUGGACUAAACAGUAGCGCAUUUGAAGACACGAUAGAACAGUGUGGUGUGUGCAAAGAGAAAGUAAAUUCAAACAAAUGGUUAGAUCACAUUGAGCAGAAGCAUGAAUAUUUAGCUUGGAAAGAAGGGCAAAAACCAUUAAACUUAAAUAACGAAGAAGAAGUGUACAAUCAUUUGUAUUGUAUAGUGAAAGAAAUAUGUAGACUAAAAUGUUCAAAAUGCGGAUUAGAAAGAAAAUAUGUGAAAACAUAUUUACAACACAUCAAAACUUGCAGCGCUGAAAGUGAAGGAAUGAAUGCUUCGUCUAAUGAAUUGAUUGCCUGCGGAAUUUGUUCAGAAAUGAUUGCUGCCAACAAAUGGAAGCAUCACGCAAUGAGCAAACAUUAUAAUGUUGCUUGGAGAGCGGGAGAAACGCCAUUAGAUUUGAACAACCCUUUAUUAGCUGAGAAGCUUAUGAAAGAGUACAGAGAGCAAAAUAAAUUAGUUUGCAAAAUCUGUAGAGCUAGUAGAGCGAGCUGUCUUGGGUUCUAUGCACAUAUAUUGACUUGCGGAAAGAGUGAUGAGGAAACCGAGCAAUUUAAAUCCACAUGCGAAAUCUGCAGUAAGCCAUAUCUAACAAUCUACCACCGCCAGCAUAUGACCGCGCACAGCGCGCAAGACCUCAUCCGUGAACAAAGAAAGAACGCUGAGUUGAAAAAGGAGGCUCUUAAAAAUGCGGAACCGGAAGUGGAGCCAUCAUCAGGGCCAAGACGUGCGGCUAUGAAAGCGAGAUCGGUUAUUGAAAACUACAAAGCGAACAUAGGUGCUUAUAGCUGCAUGUCGUGCGGAUAUGACGCUGGCAAUAAAUCUGAAUUAGGCGCUCACCAAUGUUUGAACAGUGACCCUUUUAGCGAUUCUGAGGAGUCUGCCAGACCAGGGUCUGACGGGGAUUCUUCCGAAAGUGAAGUUGACAGUAAUAUUUCGGAACACGAGCAGAACCAAGUUCGUAAGAGGCGGUCUAACAAAACUGUUCCUAUUCGAACGCAGAAAUUACCAUUUAGUGUGAAGCAUCCUACUACGUACGUAGCAGAAAAUAGUCACGCAUAUUUUAACUUUCACUUCACUGACGACAAUUUGUUUCCUGAUCUGUACAACCUUCGGCUUGAACCUGUGUCGGAAAUGGAAUUGUUGAACUAUAUGCCGCCGUUAGAAGAAUCUUGCAAAGUCAGGUUUGGAAGUGAUUGGGAAACGUACAAGAGAUUUGAAGCUAAACAUAAUUCGGGGUACAGCUUGUUCACGGGUGCAUGUAUACAAGGCAUAUCGUGGGUUCCGUCAAUAUCGGAUGACACUCCCGGCGGUCAAUUUUUGUCCAUUGCAUGCCACAAUGGCGUUGAUACGCCUCGUUUGGAAGUGGACGAGACACUGCCUAGUCCUGGACUUAUACAGAUUUGGAGUUUUCGAAAAUUUAAAUCAGACACUUUGAUCUACAAAAUGGAACCUGUCCUGGAGAUGCGAUUAUCUACGAUGCCUGACAAGAAGUAUCAAGCUACUUCUAUAAAUUGGUCACCGCAAAAAGGUCACUCCGUAAUCAUAGUGGGAUACAGCGAUGGGACUGUGGCAUAUUACGAUCUUCACAACGAAUCUCCUUUGCUGCGAACCAAAGAGAACAAUAUCACAGUUUUAUAUCCUUACCAUGAUGAGCGGCCACAUAACUGUUGCGUGAUGGAUGUCGGCGCGUACCCAUCAAUGGAUCCAAUUGCCUCCAUGGGUGCAGUGUGUUCGGUGGGUCCUACUGGCUGCGAAAUGUCGUCACGUGUUUCGGUGUGGCCCGCCCGCGUGCGAACCCGAAUACCGGCCAGUGGCGUUUCGUUCACACCUCUCUGGCCUACUGCAACAUUAUCUGGAGAUGAUGCUUUUGUAAACACGGGCCUGAGCGAGUUGCAUUGGUGGGGCGGCAACAAACGCGUGUUGUGUACAGUCGCGAAUGCUGGUUGCGUGCAUUGCGCUAAAGCCGCUUCCUUUUCCCUGCCUCUUCUGCGCGUUUCAUUGCAACACCCCGCCUUUGAAGAGCCUAAAAAAAUCACUGUCGGUAGUAUACAAAUGGUCCGACUUGGGAAGAAGAGGAAACAGAAGGCCAAUGAUGACCUCACGGUGAAAUUGGAGCCGGUGACGUAUGAUGACGCUAUUACCAAAUAUGGAAUAGAAUUCGCCUUGGAUUCGUCUCUGACACCAAUCACGCACAACUUCAGAGAGGUGUACCCAGAACGAUUUCCUUUAGCAGAUGUCAAGUCAAUGGCGUUCUGUCGAUCAGCAACAUACCAUUCAAGGUUAGCCGUAGCUACACACGCUGGUGUCGUGUUUGUUGUGACUGUAUAGUUCUUUGACACAUUUUACAUGUACGUUAAGAGAUCAAACGAAAAGGGGUUGAAAUGUUUUGUUGAUGUGCAUGAACAUUCCCAGUGUACAUAAGAAUAUUUUUUUCUCAGAAUUAACUCGAAGUGUGUAAUAUGUUUGAAUCAGUUUUACCAUAAAAUAAUAAUACUCAUUAACUAGUGAGAAAGAUUUAUACUUAUUCUAUGUCGAUGCAUCUUUACGGUGAGGUGAACAUAAUACAGAUUCAAUCUAAUUGUAAUGUCACAAAUCGUAAUAUCGCGUUCUUAUUGUUAAACAUACGCAAUGAAACAAUUUUUUUCGGAUCUAAAUUGCGUAUAUUGGUUUUUUCACAAACCAAAGUUUCAGGUCCUUU